CAUCGACUGAUGGAGUGAGAGUGAGAGGGGGAGAGAGAGAGAGAGAGAGAGAGAGAGAGAGACAGAGAGAGAGAGACAGAGAGAGAGAGAUAAAGAGAACACGUUUUACUUGAGGACAAUCUCCAAAGACCUUCUGAAGAUUUUGUCUUGCGAGAACACGGAGACCUGGAGAGAAUGUUCUGGCUGAGUCUCACCGUGGGCUUCCUGUUCAUGGGACUCGGCAGGGCAGUCAAACUGACCGUCUCCCCCCAGUCGGUGAAUAUUAUCCUCAACAGAGAGAAGGUGGUAAUCUGCAAAGUACAAGGAUCCGAGGCGGAGAGUUUCCAGUGGUAUAACCCGGAUGGUGUUCCCAUUGAGGAGCCGGGAGAUGGUCACUUCACAGUGACCUCAACCGAAUACAGCUCCAAGCUGCAGAUCCGGGACGCCCAGCAGACAGACUCCGGGGAGUACAGGUGUGAGGCUGAGGUGGACAGUGGCAACGUGGAGCAGGCCGCUGUGGUCAUCACUGUUAUAGCACCUGUGUCUGUUUCCAACGUUGACCCUGUUCGGAAUUUCGAUGAGGGGACGGAUGGUGUUCUGAGCUGCACGGUGACAGGAAUCCCUGAGCCAACUCUCACCUGGACCCGGGAAUCACAGGACGUGCUCCAGACGGCGCCUGGACAUUAUGAGAAAUUGCGAAAUGGUUCCCUGGUCAUCAGGAACAUCACGAUGUCAGACGCGGGAAUCUAUCAGUGUGUCGGGACGAUUCUGGAGAGGAAGGAAAAGGAAUCACGCAAUACCACAGUCAUUGUCAAUUAUUCUCCCAAACUGCUCCAGGUCUCCCCGGAGGAAGUCUCCACCUGGCCGGGGAGAUCCGUCACCAUCUCCUGUUCUGUGCACUCCGUCCCCCCAGUCACUAUUACCUGGAUACACAAUGGUCAAGGUCUUCCAUCCAUCUCCAGGACCGUCUCUGGGAGAGAUCCGUCCAGCGUUAGCAGCACCCUCGAGGUUAAAGUUCACGAGCCGACAGACUGGGGAGAGUACAGGUGCCUGGCAGAGAACAGACUCGGGCAGGUCAACGGGUCAACCUGGGUCAGACCGGGAGAUUUUCCCUCCAUUCCCCAGGAUGUCCACGUGGAGCCAAACUCUACAUCGUUGAGGGUCUCCAUGGCCAGACCGCUCAGUGAUGGUCACCUGACCCUUCUCGGAUACACCGUCCAAUGGCGACUCGACACUGAGACCGAAUGGUCCAGCACCAACACAUCAUCCGAGGGGGUCUCUCUGGGCGAUCUGAGACCCUCCUCUCUGUACCACGUCCGUGUGGCAGCUGAGAAUGGGAAAGGACUGGGAGAGUUCGCUCCCGCCGUCACAGUCUCCACCCUGUCCCAGAGGGAACCGGACCCUCCCAGUGUCUCCAACCGGAGCCGGGUGGAAGGGAAUUCCUAUCGGAUUUAUUUUGGUCACCCGGAUAACGGGAGCAAUCCGAUCCUGAAAUACAACAUCAGGUACAGGGAGGAAGCUGCAGCUGAUUGGCUGUGUGUCAGUGUGAAUGUGACGGAUGCCCAUGUGCUGACGGAUCUGAAAUGGGCCACCCCUUACAUCCUGGAGCUGGAAGCUGAAAACCAGUCCGCAGCCUCCCCAUCCCAGCAGAUCCACUUCCGCACCCCGGAGAAUCCGCACAGCCCUCUCCCAGUGAACGCAGCGAUGGGGGAGGGGGCUCCCCUCGGGACGGGAGCCAUCACCGGGAUCAUCCUGGGGAUUUUCCUGGUGCUGUUUGUGGUGGUGGAUGCAGCUUGUUAUUACACCAACCGCUGUGGGAUCCUCCUGUGCAUCGCCGUCCAUGUCCUGGGCAAACAGGGGCCAGGCAGCAAGAGGCUCGACCAGGAGAUGGGGGUCACCGCCAUCAGGUGA